AUGAGCGUGGAGAAGAUUGUCACCCCCACACUAGGGGGCACCUUUCGAACAUGUUCGGAGUUCAUUGGUACCGUCUCCGCACGCGAGAUGCCGGACAAUCCGAGCGUACAACUGUGCAUCCUCAGCAUCGGCUUUAAUCUUGAGAGUGUGGUCGCCCAGCUGCUGCACCAGCGGAUGGCUCUGAACAGGCCACACCGACGCGUGUACUGUGUGGUCCUUCCUGAACGUCUUCUCCCAGGGGCAAUGACACGCUUUGCCAACGCCAUUAGGCGGCAUCUGGCGCUGAGAGAAGCGGGAGAAAUGAGAUCACGUCAUGCCGAUGCAUCUGCUGCUGCAACAGCGUCUCAUCACGCAUCUCCUAUGCCGGUGGUCGCCAUUGAGGAGGGUACGACCACCAAGGAGCGCUGCGCGGUGUUUCAGCGUGGGGCGGUGGUGGUCCUCACCAGCCACUUCUUGUGCGCUGAUCUGCUGCAUCGGCGGCUCGCGGUGGAGCUGGUUGGAAUGACGGUGCUGGCGUUGCCACAUUCGCUCUUGGGCAGAGGCCAACCACAAGAUGCGCUAGCACCGCAGGCAGCCUUCUGUUCUGAACUGCUGCUGCGUAGUGGCAGCACUGCAGCUGGCGGGCAGAGACCUCCGUCCAUUGUCCUCAUCUCGGAUGCGCCGGUGCUCAUGCAGAGUCUCGUGCAGCGGCAUCACAUGGGGGAGGAGCGCUUUGUCCUGCAGAUGCACGUCGGAGACAUUCAACUGUUCCCUCGAUUUCGCCUAGACUUUGUGCGGCAUUUCGAGGAGCUCAGUCGCGCUUCGCGGCGCCCUAUCACGGUGGACCGCAUUGUGGCUCCUGUGGCGGCGAGCGUCCAAGCCUUGGACGGCCUCCUUGCGAAGAUUGUGUUGGAGACGCUGCAGGAACUCCAGCGUCUGGAGCAGCAGCUUCACACGCGGAGUAGCGCCAGCGGUGGAGACCCCACUGCUGACUCUUCGGCGGGGUUGAACUCGCAAGCUAAUGCGCGGCCCUUUGCGUCCCCAUGCGUGGACGCUGCGGCAGAGGCCGACGAGGAUACUGGGGUGCUCCGCUUCCUGCCACGCGCCAGGCUCACAACGAAUGCUGUAAAGGGCCGUAUCGAUUACAGCGGACACCCACGCAGUGGCACCGGUGCAGCGUCAUACAUCCGCCGCGGCUGGCGUGCAAGGACAGAGCACGACAACAAGGGCAUUCUGUUUGGCGGCAUCAGCGAAGCAGAGGCUCUCUCCGUGGACUUCUCCGACCUCGACAACGAUCUGCGCGCGGUAGUGCGCCGUCACGAGUCUCACUGGCCGUACCGCCUCCUCGUGGAGAGUCUCAUCGACGUUCGGCGUCUGCGACGAGCCACACGCGGCACGGCGUACACAUUUCUUCGCGAGUUGGAGGCAGUACUUGAGCCUCGACUCCCACGGUGUAGCGUCUUCGGCACCGGUGCGACGCCCCCUGCUGCGCUGUGGACGCUCUCUUCUCACUUCCACGACGUUGUCACUGUGGCAACGCACCGUAUCGGGACUGUGGUGUACGUGCCCAGCACCGCUUCCGCCGCGCUCACUGCUCCCAUGGAAGGUGCCGCGAUGCUUCCUGCGAACUCUGCUGACGAUGUGGUCGUGGUGGUGAGCAGCAGCAGUGACAGCGAGGAGAGGGGCAAGGCGCUACUGGAUGCUGCCCCAACCUCGGCUACGAGUGCUCCUCGCGGUCAGGUGCCCACCUCCGCGGGUGGAACACUGGUGCCUCGGCUGAUACCCAAUGUGGAGGAGAAGGACACCGAUGUAGAGGUGGUCGUGCGACUCGUGAUGAGCUGGUGUCGCACGAUGCUGCGCCGUGCCGAACGCAAAAGCGACGCCGCGACAGACGCGCCGGCGUCUCACCCCACUCUACUUAUUCUUGUUUUUGGUACCAAAGAUGUGGUGCGCUACACGGAGCGCCUCACCCACUCGCUGGAGGCGUACCAGCAACUGCAGCUUCGACACUUUAUGCGGGUGUAUCAGGCCAAGUACGACGUGGAGUUGACUGAGCUCGUCGAGGCUCAGCCGGCAGAUGCUGCGGCACCGCAGCUGCCCAUAGCACUUCUUACCAGUGUCGAUGACGCCUCGAGCGACGGGGAAGAAGAUCUGACGACAGACGAGGACAGCAGCGCUGAUGGUCGCCGGGGGCGACGUGCCGCUGCCGACUCUGCAGCCUCCUUGAGGCACCGCCUGUCGAGUCAAGGCGGCCACGCCACCGCCGCCACGCCGCGCGACACAACUCCACUGUAUGCUGAUGAAGGCAAUAGCAGCCAGUCAGUGAUGGUGGACAUCGGGGUUGGCGCCUUUCACCAAGCCCUCCUCUCUCAGCUUCCUCCUCUGCUUGCCAGCAGCGGUGAGAGGGCAGACAUAAAGUACGACAGUGAGCCUCAAUCUGCAGCACGGGCCUCCCUUGCCGCACCGCUGCUCGUGCUUGAGAGAGUCAGAGAGGGGGUUGUUACGCUCUGCCCCGACCACCGUGGCGCCACCAGGGACUGCGGCGUCACUACCAGCGCUACUCUUGAGCGGAUGCCGCGCGUGCUAGUGCUUGACGCAUCUUCAUUGUCUGCAACAGAGCUAACGAUGUUGCUGGAUGGGUCCCACGCUGCUCUACAGCUUGCUGUCCCGUCGACGGCAGCGCCGCGGAUGUCUACCGCGGACACUAACGGUGUCAAGGGGACUGACAGUGUGAGCACCUACCUGCGCGUUGAUCGUGUUAUAUUAGCGCGCCAGGAGCUGAUGCUUCUUCGCCAGCUUGAGAUGGCGCAGGACGAGUUGCCGGCAGAGCGGCUUGCCACCAUCAAGGUGCAGCUUGUCACGACCAGCCUGGCGGAGCUCGACUUUAAGAAGGCAGUGCAGGCAGAACGGCAGGCCUUCGAGAGCCUCGCGCACGCGAAGGCUACACUGACCGGGUCGCUGCUCGUUGACCAGACGUCGCUGCGCCAGGCAGAGGAGGCACUGGAGACUGGAAUGCGGCCGGUGCGGCGUCGUCGUGUCCGUAAGGACACGGCAGUGGGGCGACUGGCUGGCGACCUCUUGCACAGGCCUGACUUUCCACCCUCGGCGGUGCCGUGCAUUGUGUUCGAUGAACGUGAGCUUCGCUCCUCUCUGCCGUACCACCUUUACCGUCGCGGCAUGCAGCUCAUCCCACUGACACUGGUGACAGCCGACUACGUCCUCUCCCCUGAGUACGCGGUGGAGCGUAAAAGUGUGCAGGACUACGCCCAGUCCGUCAUGUCCGGCCGCAUUCAACGUCAGCUUGCGGCGCUCUCCCGCAGGUAUGCGCACCCGCUCUGCCUCAUCGAAUUCCACCGUGGAGUUCCAUUCCGGCUGAUGCAGAACGGCAUCUACGCCAAAACAGCGGAGCUCAUGGCCGCCUACCCUCGCGUGUGCUUCGUGUGGGCACGCAGCCCAGCGCAUGCGGCGGGUAUGCUGGUAUUCUUGAAGAAGUCCGUCGCGGCCUCCAACGCAGACCCGGCCGAUCCAUCGCUCACAGGCAUCUCCAUUGGCCUAGGUAGCGCGGCGGAUGUGGGUGAGGUGACGGCCACUGCGGCAGAGCGGGAGACGGCGCAUUACGCGGCCCGUGUUCUGUCCAAGCUCCCAGGCAUUACCCACCAGAAUGCGCCCUCUGUGAUGCGACUCUGCGGCUCGCUGAUCGGACUUGCCACGAUCUCACAAGCCUCGCUGGUGUCGGUUAUGGGCGACAGGGACGCAGCGCGGCUGUACAACUUUCUUCAUUCCCCCUUUCAUGAGCGGGUGGGAUGA